GCCGCCACCCGUCCUGGAGGCCGCGCCGCUGGAGCGGCGGCGCCGGCGAGGCCGGCGAGGGCCCGCUGGGCACCAGCCGCCGCAGGAGGGCGCGGGCGGCGGCCGGGCGGAGGGGCGCGCCCGCUGGAGGAGUACCACGCUUCAUCCUGCGCUUGACGCUAAGUUCGCCAGGGCCGCCUUCGCCCCCCCGACGGCGUCCGAGAGCCGGCUCGUGGCGCUCCGGGACCCCCUGGUCGAGGAGGUCACUGCCCGCUGGCAGGGCCAGGAGGCGCUGGCGCGGCGGCGCUCCUCGAACGCCUCGUCCGUGUUCUCGGGCGGCUGUUGGGCCGACGAGGCGGGGGCCGUCGAGGAGGCCGCCGCGGGCGGCUGCGAGGCGGGCGGCGGCGAGGCGGAGGGCCGCGCCGCAGGCGUGUCACGCGGAUCGCUGACGACGCGGCCGAGCUUUUGCAGUGGAAAGUUCCAGGACGCCUGGCGAGAGAGGGCUCGCCAGCGGCGCCUGCCGAUGAUCUCGGAGGCGUUCGGCCGAUUCGCGAGCGGCGCUGGUGCUGCGCCCGUCGUGGCCGCCUCGAAGCUGGAGUGGGCGCUGAGGUUUGCAGGCCACCUGAAUCCAGACUAUGAGGACGUGAUGCAGGCCAAGGCGCGGCUCUUCCCCUCGAAGACCUUCCUGCUGUGGAGCGAGUUUUCGCAGCUCGAGCAGCUCUACGAUACCGUGCAGCUCAAGUCCCUGGAGGAACAGUUUCACGAGCUGGACCCGAACGGCACUGGCUUCGUCGGCGCCAAGAACGUCUCCGCCCUGCUCCGGCAGAUGGGCUUCUUCCCGUUCCCCCGGCUCGUCGAGGAGCUGCUCGCCGAGGUCGCCGCCCGCCCGGGCGGGCAGCGGAGCGCCGAGGACAUCAUGAACAUAUACGAGCAACUGCAGUUGAACUCAGGCUUCACGUCCAGCCAGCUCGAGCCGCUGCGGGAGGCCUUCGCGUGCUGGGCCCGCGCCUCCCCGGCCGAGGGGGACGAGGACAUGCGCCUGGAUCAGAAAGGUCUCUGGGCAGCGCUGCGCUGGCUUGAGGCCCACCACACCAUUCCCGAGGAGCUCCGC